AUGAACCGCUUUUGCUUUUUAAGGAUUCCUUCAUUCUGGAAGCAAAAGGGAAAAGUACAAGAUGAAGAGAGCAGACCACUUAUUAAAAAGGAAACCACUCAGAAGGAUGUUACAUAUUAUGGCAUGGACGAUAGCUCAGAGAGCAAAACCGACUUGAGCUCUUCAAGCCAUGAGGAAAAAAACAGGCUGUCCUCCAGUAGGUUCUCCACCUCAAAGACUUACAGCGUCUCUGACCUGAUCGACUUUCUUUUAAAAUAUUUGCUGUUUUUAAGCAACCUGCUCUUUAGUGCUCUAGGUCUGGCCUUGUUGGGGCUCGGGUUCUGGGGCCUCAUAAACAAAGAAUCUUUCGCCCAGGAGAAACUAGAUGGCCUUGUCACUGAUCCCAUGCUGCUCUUUGUAUUUCUGGGCCUGCUGAUCUCUCUGCUGUGCUUGAUGGGCUGCGUGGGGGUACUGAGGGAGAACUACUGCCUGCUGCGCACCUUCUCCGUUGCCCUGAUUGUCCUUGUAGCCGCUCAGGUCCUGGUGGCCAUAGUGGCCUACAGCCUGCAGAGCCGGAUCGCUGAGCUGCUGCAGUCAGCCAUGAUGACAGCAAUGACAAGGUACCAGGACGAUCUGGAUUUGAGGUUCAUUACGGACGAGAUCCAGACUGGGCUGCAGUGUUGCGGGGUGGAUAGCUAUCGAGACUGGGAGGUCAACAGGUACUUUAACUGCUCGUCUCCAGGAGUACAGGCGUGCGGAGUGCCUCCCUCGUGCUGUGUCGAUCCUCUGGAGAAUGGUACGGUGUGGAACUCGCAGUGCGGCGUCGGCACUCAGCUGCUGGACGAGUUCACAGCUCAGAGCACCAUUUUUCUGGGAGGCUGUGUGGGCAGCAUGUCCCGCUGGAUCCAGCAGCACACGGAGCUCAUUAGCAUAGUGUCGAUCGGACUGCUGGGAGUCCAGAUCCUCACGGUGACCGUUGCUACACGCCUGCUGGACAGGAUCCAGUGGAACAAAGCACAGGCAUGGCAAAAACAAGGGCAAACUUAAGGACAGUGCAAAAGUGCAGUGAGGAAACCAAAGCU